GGGGGAUUUAAAGAAAAGGCAUGGGGGGGUGUUUCUUUCCCCUUCUCUCCCCUCUUUUCUCUCCCUGCCGGUCUCCUUGGUCACACACAUGCACACAUACUACUCACUCACACACAAACAUUGACGAGGGCUCAGUCCUGCUAUGGCCAACACCACCAGCAACACCACCACCCCCACCACAGAGGAAAGCUCUCUGGUCCUGGCCACUGUAGCACCCCAGCAGCCUGACUUGGAAACUAGCGUAGAACCCGGCUCAGCGGCGAAGCCUGAGCCCAGCGAGGCCCAAUGCGAGAGGGAGGAAAAAGAGGACAAGGAAGAGGAGGAGGCGGGAGGAAGCUCUGCGCUGGUGGAGGAGAACACGAGAGGUCAGAGUGUGGACCCAGAGUGGGUGGAGGAGAGGUUCAGGAUUGACAGGAAGAAGCUGGAGAACAUGUUGUAUGCUCCAAAGCACGGAGACGUUGAGACAGGCGAGGAGUUUUUUGAGAGAGUGAUGAGAGAAACUAACACUCAGGUGAAAUGGCCAUCCAAGCUGAAGAUUGGAGCCAAGUCAAAGAAAGAUCCACAUGUCAAGGUUGAAGGGAAGAGAGCCAAUGUUUUGGAAGCCAAAAAGAAGAUACUAGAAGUUCUGGAAACCAGGGUGAACAAGGUGACUCUAAAGAUGGAUGUGGCCUACACAGAGCACUCCCACGUCAUCGGGAAAGGUGGUGGAAACAUAAAAAAAGUGAUGGAGGUCACUUCCUGUCACAUCCACUUCCCUGACUCCAACCGCCACAAUGCUACAGGAGAGAAAAGCAAUCAGGUCUCCAUCGCUGGGCCCAUAGAAGGAGUGGAGGAGGCCAGGAGGAAGAUAAGAGACCUGCAGCCGCUCUCCUUGACCUUUGACCUUCCGGUCAGUCUGGUGCCCCAGGCUUUGCCAGAUGUGGGCUCCCCGCUCAUUCAGCAGGUGGUGCAGACACUGGGGGUCAGCGUGAGCUUCAGGGCUGCCGUGCCGCCCCAGGCGGCCCAGCCCCCCUUUUACGGAAACUGCUGCACCGUCUGGGGCCUGCAGGGCAACACAGCUGCUGUCAAGAAGGCGACCUGCAUCCUGAUGGACCUGCUGCUGGGGUCAGAGGUCACAGGCGGCAUAGUGAGCAGCCAGCUGGAUGUCACCUCCCAGCAGCACCUCUUCCUGUUGGGUCAGAACGGAGCUCACUUCCUGAGUGUCAUGCACCAGACCCAGACCCAGAUCAUCUUACCGGACCUCAGCGCUCCUCAGAGCCCUCCCUCGCUGCUCAUCCAGGGCAGCCCUGAUGGAGUGUGUCUGGCUCGGCAGCAGCUCAUGGACUGUCUGCCUGUGUGUUUGAUGUUUGACAUGCGUGAAGAUGGAGAGGCAGAUCCUUGUAAACUGGCUCAGAUGAUGCAAAACCUGGGAGUCUUCAUUAGUGUCAAACCCAAAGUAAAACAGACCAGCAAGUCAGUGGUGGUGAAAGGUCUGGAGAGGAACAUCUCCUGUCUUUAUGAAGCCCGCCGUCUGCUCCUGGGGCUGGAUUCCUGCGAGACUGCCAAGGUAAUGGAGGUGACACCUGACCCCGUGCUGGCCAGCAGCGGGCUGACCAGCUACUGGCUUAACAUGUUGCUGCAGCAGCUUCGUCUGUCUGAGCAAGGCCCUGUGCCUGCUCCCACUCCAGAGGUGCUGACUGGUGCCAAGCCUCGUCCCUCACCCCCACCGGGCCUCAUCCCUCCUGUUGACGAGGGAAGGACAGGGGUGAAGGGUACAGACACCCGGCCACUGGAGAAGAUCCUAGAAAAUGAGGACCAGUCCGGCCAAUCAGAGGAUGAGAGCUCUAAGGUCAUGGUGAUGUCAUCACCUGAGGCGUGUGAUGCAGCGAGCAACAGCAUUAGCAGGGUGGGAUUCAUGGGUCGGAGGGGGAGCCUCCAGGGCCCUGAAAUCGCCAAGGUUUUCCGCCAGGGCAGACGACAUUCAACAGGGCAGGCACUAACCUACAGAUUGCUGAACGCUGAGAUCGAGGGAGGGAGGAGUGAGCGGAGGAACAGCCUGAGGAGAGACGUGACGCUGGCUCAUGAUGUUCGCGCUGACUCAUCCAAGGCUGAGGAUUAUGACUAUGAGAAGAAGAAACUACUGGCAACCAGAGCCAUGCAGAGGAAGCCUGUGGUCACAGAGGUCCGGACACCCACAGACACCUGGAGUGGCCUCGGCUUCUCCAAGUCCAUGCCAGCUGAGGCAGUCAAAGAGCUCCGCAACAUCAGCCGCCGCAGCUACAAACCCUACCUGACCACCAGCACCAGCCAGCAACAGUCAUGGGCUACUCAGAUGGGGAAGAUGUGUAACGGGAGCGACUCCGAGAACUGGAGGGACAGACGUGGAUCCACAUCCUCGUCCCUGCCCGUCUCUUCCUCCUCUUCGUCCUCCUCUUCGUCAUCCUCCCCCUCCUCACCUCCCUCUACCUUCUCCUCGUCCACCUCCUCCUUCCCCGCGUUUGUGUCAUCUAUGAACAGAGGCAGAAGUGACAAACAUUCGGAGAGCAGCAGCUACUUCGAUGGUGUGUGUUCAUCAAGGAGGGCAUCAACCUGCAGUCAGCGGAGCCCCUCCCCCCAGAUGACAGAUGACUUACCUGAGCUGCUCAGUCAACUUGGCCUAAUCAAGUACAUUGAUGUGUUUGAACAACAAGAGAUUGACUACCAGACAUUCCUCACUCUGUCUGAUGAAGAUCUGAAGGAGGUGGGUGUCUCCACCUUUGGAGCCAGACGCAAGAUGUUAUUGGCAAUCUCAGACCUGAACAAGAGCAAGAGGAGGCUCUCGGACACGUCUGCCGUGAAGCCCGGAUACCUGGAGGGUGGCGCUAGUGGUCGACUGCCACGAAUCGUGGAUCUAGAAGUUGCCGCUCAGAGCAACCGCUGGUGAGGACAGGAGACGCCAGUCAUUCUCUGAUCAAUUUAAUGUCUAGAAGUAUGCAGUGAUGCUGAUGCCAGUGUAAAGGUCUUAUCUGCUUAUUAUUUUCUAUAAAUAAUUGAGCAUGAAAUUGCCCAGAGGAGCAGCAAGCAUUAUGUAAACAUUUAAAUCCAGUGCCUUUCAUCUACAGCCAUACCCCAAAGCUUUUUUACAUACAAAAUCAAGACAAGGAGGUCUUCUCUUCCAAUCCUCUGAUUCCACAAGAAACACACUACGAAACACAAAUGAACAUGUGAAGGUGUUGAUUGUAUUUCUCAUUUGUGGCGUCUUUUAUUGUUAUAAAGUGCCUUUUCUUAUGCAAAUUUAUUUCUGUGUUUUGACCAUAUUAACUGCUACAUUUAUGCAAUUGUACAUAGAUAUUUACAAAACAAAAUGACAUUGUGAAAUGAUAGUUAUAAUAAAUAAAUCUGACUGUCAAGGUUUAUCUAUUAAGACUGCAUUAAUGAGGAAUGUUUGCUUUUAUUAGGGUUGACAUGAGCAAAUAGAGACAGAAAGACAGCAAAUGACUUGCAAAAAAUGAAUGAAUGCGUCUUGAA